GUUUCUCGUCAUGUGGUGAAAUUUGGUGUCAGGUGCUUCAAAUCUAUGCAAGGGUUCGACGACGACAAGUCCUUUAGGGCACGUGCAGGAAGACUUCUCAGUUGUUAUCGACAAGUUCAAGCUGGCUCCGAUAGGGGAGCGGCGACAACGGCGCGUCGGUGGCUCGUUCUGGCGACAAUUUUGUUCGUUAGGUUUGAGAUCCUUUGUACUCUCCCGGUGAAUUUUUAUAAUAGAUCUAAUUCUUUUUUUUUUUUGCUUGUAGUACAGAUAACAAUGCAAGAGGGCCCGACUUGUGAAUUGAACACGGCAUACAAAUCCAGUCUGUAAGGAACACGGACACAUCCAGGUCAGGUAUGGAUAGAUCGAGCCAAAUCGACAGCCAAGCGGCAGUCCGGCAUUAUCCUGAACCUUCCGUUCGUUCGGAAGCUUUCGGUUAAUAAAGCCGUGCGAUCUAAUACCGCCUGUCUAAAUCUGGAGCCCAACGCGAUCAAGCAGAUAAGCCACACGUGAUGCAUGCGGUGCUGCACGUCGACGUGGCCGGCCGCGCCCUGGCCGUGGUGGAGCGCGACGGCGCGCACGACCCGGCCACGGGGCGCGCGCUCACCGGCUCCUGGCUCUGGGACUCCGCCGUCGUCCUCGCCACCCACCUUGCCUCGGCCAGACCCGGGACGAUCCACGGCGCCACCGUUCUCGAGCUCGGCGCCGGCACCGGCCUCCCGGGCAUCGCGGCCGUCGCGUGCCUCGGCGCCGCGCGCUGCGUGCUCACGGACGUGGGGCCGCUCCUGCCGGGCCUCAGGGCCAACGCCGAGGCCAACGGUCUCACGACCGCGCAGGCGGACGUGCGAGAGCUGCGCUGGGGCGAGGACGCCGACCUGCCCGAUUGCGAGCUCCUGCGCGUGGACGUGGUGCUCAUGUCCGACGUGUUCUAUGAUCCGGAGAUGCCGGCGAUGGCAGCCACGUUGCGCAGGCUGUGGCGGGACGGCACGGUGGGGUGGGCGGCCAGCGAGGUGCGGUGUGGCGUGCAGGAUUGCGUGGACGUGCUGCGGGAGCACGGCUUCGAUGUGGCCGAGGUCGACAGGGUCACCAGGCCGCUGCUGCGCGACCCCACACAGGCCUCCGACUUCGCCGUCUACCGCGUCGAACUCUGGCGGCCUCAUUAGGGUUUUCUUUUUUUUUUCUUUUUUUCGGCAAUCAAGAGAGCUUUAUUAAAUCACAGCAGACCUAUGACAAUCAGCCAUCAAGCUGGUCACUAGGAAGCUAGGUAUCACAUCAAGCCAGCAUUCGGUCAUAUUCAAUGUGCAAGCAUGUUUAGCACAUAGAUGAGCCGAAACAUUAGCCGAACAAUUUAUAUGAAGUACACUAAAUAAAGGAGUGAAUUGCAUAAAA